AUGGCGACUUCGCCGCCGUCGCCGUCCCCGCCCACGCGCGCCUCCUGCGGCUCGUUUCUCCAGGAACUGCAGGAACUGUGGGGAGAAAUUGGUCAGGAUGAACUCGAAAGGGACAGGAUGAUAUUGCAACUGGAGGAGGAUUGCCUCAAUGUUUACAGGAAGAAAGUGGAGCAGACUAGGAAGCAAAAGGCAGACCUACUUCAAGCCAUGUCUUUGGGUGAAGCAGACAUAGAAAAAAUCCUCUCUGCUCUUGGAGAGCGUGAAUCCUUUUAUAAGGUAGAGAAGCUUGGGGGUACACUAAUGGAGCAACUUGCGAAAGUGGAGCCGGUUCUGGACGAUCUGCGGCGGAGGAGAGAUGAGCGCGUGAAUGAGUUUCUGGCUGUUCAGCUGCACAUAGUUCGUCUGCAGGCUGAAAUUUCGGGGACUAUCAAUCAUGGUGAUCCUGCUGCUCCUUUAGUUGAUGAGACUGACUUGUCUAUCAAAAGACUGACGGAACUGAAAACCCAGCUUAAUGAGCUCCAGGCAGAAAAGAAUCUCAGGCUGCAAAAGAUUGAUGUUCAGCUCAAGUGUAUUGACGAAAUGUGCAACAUGAUGUCUCUUGAUCUUAAGAAGACAUUAUAUGAUGUCCACCCCAGCUUUGUUGAAUUGGAAAGAAGCAAAACCAUGAGUAUAAGUGAUUCCACUCUCGACAGGCUUGCAGGAAAAGUUCACGCACUAAAUCAAGAAAAGAAACAGAGGCUCCGGAAGCUACAAAAUCUUGGAAGUACACUUAUUGAGCUAUGGAGUCUGAUGGAUACACCACUAGAUGAACAGAAAUGCUUCGACCAUGUUACUUCUUUGAUAUCUGUAUCACCCAAUACAGUGAUGCCCCAAGGAUGCCUUGCACAUGACCUUAUUGAGAAGGUAGAGGCCGAGGUUAAGAGGUUGAAGUAUUUGAAAGCUAGCAAAAUGAAAGAGCUUGUAUUAAAGAAAAUGACGGAACUUGAAGAAAUCUACAAAAGUGUUCACAUGGAUAUUGACAGGGACCAUGAGUGGCGGACUCUCACAGAUCUUAUAGAUUCCGGCAGAGCAGAUCUCUCAGAGCUGCUUACCAAUAUGGAUGAUCGAAUUACAGAAGCAAGAGAGCUUGCCCUAAGCAGAAAGGACAUUCUAGAGAAGGUGGAGAAAUGGACAUUAGCAACUGAAGAGGAGGGUUGGCUUGGUGAAUACGAGAGGGAUCAAAAUCGCUACAAUGCUGGUAGAGGAGCCCAUGUAAAUCUCAAGCGUGCGGAGAAAGCAAGGACAUUGGUCAGCAAAAUUCCAUCUCUGCUGGAGAAUUUGACUGCUAGAGUUAAAGCUUGGGAAAAGGAGAAGGGCAUACCCUUUAUGCAUGAUAAGAUGAGGCUUUUGGAUAGCUUAGAACAAUACACAUCUGGAAGACAACAAAGGGAAGAUGAAAAGCGUCGAUUACGGGAACUUAAGAAAUUACAAGAACAGUUCGCAGCAGAACAAGGUUCAACAUAUGGGGCCAAGCCUAGUCCUAUGCGUCCGCUUUCGGCAAGGAAGCCUCUUGGGCAGAGUUCUAGCGUCAACAUCAUUGGUGGAACUCCUAACAGCCGGCGUGUGUCUACCCCAAUUUCACGCAAGGGAGGCUUGUCUUCUGGAAAAGUGAAGGAUGCUGGCAAGACAACUGCUUCCAUACCAGCAAACUAUGUCGCCCUUCCCAAAGAUUCUUCAGACAAUUCUACCAUGUGAAAAAAUGUAAUCACCUCCUACAUGUUGGCAUCUAGCAAGUAACUUAGAUUUAUAUUUCAUAAGCUUUAUCUCAGAUAGAUUAACUGCUUGUUAAUUCUUGAAUGGUCUGUUAUUGUAACUUCUGAUAUAACUUCUCAGAUUUGAAAUCCUUGUAAAAUGGUACUA